UUUAAAAUUAAAAUAAAAUAAUAAGAAAACAAUUUAGGUAUUCUGAAUCUAAAAAAGUCAAAAUCGAAUUUACCCGAUCAAACACCGCCAAGACGUUGGCCGUGUUGUUAGCGAAUCCUCCGGCGCAGUUAAGCGAGGGUGUUUCUUUCCGUCGAGCACCGACCGGCGACCGGGAAAACAUCAUUUCUUUGUAUAUCUACACAAUAUAUAUGGCGGCCUUGCUUCGCAGGGGACUCUCUUCGUCGACAGUUUCUCGUACUCUUCUCUGCAAUGGUGUUCCCUCAAGGCAAUUUAGCAGUUCCACUGGUGCAGUGAAGUUCGAUUUCACUGACCUCACUCGUCCUCACACAUGGUACCCAAUUGCUCGAAGAAAGAAGCGCAAUGUAAUUCUUCACGUGGGUCCUACAAACAGUGGGAAGACAUAUCAUGCAUUAAAGAAGUUGGAGCUCAGUUCUUCUGGUAUCUAUUGUGGCCCUUUAAGAUUAUUGGCAUGGGAGGUAGCAAAACGAUUGAACAAAGCAAAAGUUCCCUGCGAUUUAAUUACUGGACAAGAAAAAGAAGUUAUUGAAGACGCAAAACACAAAGCUGUCACAGUAGAAAUGGCUGAUGUCACAUCUGAUUACGACUGUGCUGUUAUUGAUGAAAUUCAGAUGCUAGGAUGCAGGACACGUGGGUUUUCAUUUACACGUGCUCUUUUAGGAAUUCCAGCUAAUGAGCUUCAUUUAUGUGGAGAUUCUGCUGCUGUUCCACUAAUUCAAGAAAUUUUAAGUGUGACUGGUGACAAUGUCCAGGUACAAUAUUACGAGAGGCUAUCACCGUUAGUGCCUUUAAAAACCCCCCUUGGAUCUUUUUCAAAUAUUAGAACCGGUGAUUGCAUUGUCACUUUCUCACGUCAUAAAAUAUAUAAACUCAAGAGAAAAAUUGAAGAUGAUGGGAAACAUUUGUGUUCUGUAGUAUAUGGUUCGUUGCCUCCUGAGACUCGAACAAGGCAGGCAACAAUGUUUAAUGAUGAAAGUAGUGAGUUUGAUGUUCUUGUAGCAAGUGAUGCAAUUGGAAUGGGACUUAAUCUAAACAUUUCUAGAAUUAUAUUUUCGGAAAUGGAAAAGUUUGAUGGGUUUGAAAUGCGACCACUUUCUGUUCCAGAAAUCAAACAAAUUGCUGGUAGAGCUGGUAGGUAUGGAUCUAAAUUUCCUGUUGGGGAAGUGACUUGUUUGGAUCCAAAAGAUUUACCCUUGAUUCAUUCAUCGAUAAACUGCCCAUCUCCAAUUUUAGAGAGUGCUGGAUUAUUUCCUACUUUUGACCUUUUAUACAUGUACUCUCGGUCACAUCUAAAUAUUGGUUUGUGCCAAAUACUGGAACAAUUUGUGGAGAAUGCGAAAUUAUCAGCGAACUAUUUUAUUGCUAAUUGUGAAGAAAUGUUGAAAGUUGCUGCAGUACUUGAUGAGCUGCCUAUUUCCUUGCAUGAUAAGUACCUUUUUUGUCUUAGUCCUGCUGAUACGAGUGAUGAAAUCGUAUCUCAGGGUCUCACACAGUUUGCCCAUACGUAUGCAAAGAAACGCAUUGUUCGACUUCGAGAAAUAUUUACUCCAGGCACGCUUAAGGUCCCAAAGACUCAAGCUGAACUCAAGGAACUUGAAUCCAUUCACAAGGUCUUGGAACUUUACGUGUGGUUAAGCUUCCGGCUUGAAGAUUCCUUCCCAGAUCGAGAUCUCGCAUCAUCACAAAAAUCAAUUUGUGGCAUGUUGAUUGAGGAGUUUUUGGAAAGACUAGGGGUUCAGAAGCCGAUGCCAAAAAAGUAUUCAAAGCUUAACAAACAAGGAUAA